UGUUUCAAACUUUUUGUUUCGUUUAUUUUCAUGAAGCUUUCAUCUACGGCGUCGUUUGUUGGCCGGCUGGACCAAUGCGAACCGAUCAAAAUUCCGCAGUGUCGAGCGAUGCCUUACAACAUGACGAGAAUGCCAAACCUUCUGUAUCACAACACGCAGGAAAACGCCAAGCUCGCUUUUGAACAGUUCGAGAUACUUCUGGAGCAGAACUGUAGCGAUGUGUUGCUCUUCUUCCUGUGUUCCAUCUACGUUCCGAUCUGCACGAUCGCUUUUCAGCAGGAUCCGAUCCCGCCGUGCAAAGGCGUGUGCGAAAAGGCGCGUGCGGGAUGCGAGCCGCUCAUGAACGCUUACAACGUCUCGUGGCCCGAAGCGCUAGACUGUUCCCAUCUGCCGCGUUACGAACGCGGGGUGUGUGUUUCACCCGAGGCUAUAGUUUCGCCUUCAAAGCCCAAAGUCGUAGUCACGCUGUCACAGUUUCUACCCGCUCCCCCGCCGGCCGCGGCUCUGUUGGCCUGGCUCGCCGUUUGUAAAUGCAAGAGGCGACUAAAACCAUCGUGGAAGAAUUACCGGAAGUACCGCUACGAUUACGACUAUGAGUCAAACUUGCCAAAUGUCCGACAAUUAAUAAAUCAAUUUGCUCUAGUGGUGUCGUUAAACAAAAUCAAUUUUGUUCCAGCAAUCAGAGCCAUAGUGAGGAGAAAGAAGAAAUACGGAAACCAAAUGUACCGAGUAAAGGUGACGGUCACCAGUGUGCUCAAGUGCGGAAAGGUCAAGUUUCCCCUGGACAAUGAAGUGGACCUGUGGACGAACACCAGUUGUCUGUGUCCGGCCCUGAAGAGGGGGAGGGAGUACCUCAUCAUGGGGAAGGAAGACCGACGAAACGGACGACUACUCUUUCUGCCUCAGACGGUCGCGUGCCGCUGGAAAGACAGAUGGGCGAACAGGAUACAGGUAAUAAGGCAUUUUUCAAAUAUCACAUAGGCGUCUGGAGAUGGGGGUGCACAGAGGGCACCCUCCCCCAGUUGAAAAUUACAUGUAUACCCCCAGCCCCCCCCCCCCCACACACACACACCAC